AUGGCAGCGUUAGUGGAAGACGAAUUUGAGGAUGCGCCCGACGUGGAGCCGUUAGAGCCAACCCUGAAGAAUAUCAUUGAGCAGAAAUCUUUAAAAUGGAUAUUUGUUGGUGGAAAAGGCGGUGUCGGUAAAACGACGUGUAGGUCGGAAUUACGUAUCAGCUCAAAUAAACUAGCUUCUGUGUCAGUUUGCCGGGUUGUUGGAGCGGUGUAG